UUUCUUCACCUCUCCUCCUCUUUUUAUAUAUAAAUAUAUAUACACUCUGUAACCCCCCUACAACACCCCCCAGAUCCCCCAGAUCGAUUAACAACUAUUUCUCCUCGAUUUCAAUCUCCACACCACAAUUAAUUAGUAAUAUAUAUAUUUCGAUCGAUCGAUCUUCUGAAUUCGAGAUCACGUACGUAUUCUUAGCUGAAAGAGUAAGAAAAGUGCGCACACGCGCGCACACAACAUGUCGGAAAAGAGACCGACUUCCUCCGAGAACGGCACCGACGAAACGCCGCGCAAUAAGCUUCCGACGAAUUUCGCGCAGUCGGUGAAGCUGAAGUACGUGAAGCUCGGGUACCACUACCUGAUCUCCAACGCCAUGUACCUCCUCCUCGUCCCCCUCGUGGCGGCGUCCUCGUCCCGCGUCGCCGGCCUCGGCGCCGACGACCUGGGCCGGAUCUGGGGGCAGCUGCAGCUCAACCUCGCGGCGGUGGUGGGCUGCUCGGCGCUGAUGGUGGUGCUGACGACCGUCUACUUCAUGACGCGGCCGCGGGCCGUGUACCUGCUGGAGUUCGCGUGCUACAAGCCGGCGGAGGCGCGGAAGGUGACGCGGGAGAUCUUCAUGGAGCGGUCGGCGUUGGCGGGGACGUUCACGGAGGAGAAUUUGGCUUUCCAGAAGAAGAUACUGGAGCGGUCGGGGCUGGGGCAGUCGACGUACUUCCCGGAGGCGGUGCUGAACGUGCCGCCGAACCCCUGCAUGGCGGAGGCGAGGAAGGAGGCGGAGAUGGUGAUGUUCGGGGCCGUAGACCAGCUGCUCGCGAAGACGGGGGUGAAGGCGAAGGACAUCGGCGUCCUCGUCGUGAACUUUAACCCGACGCCGUCGCUCUCCGCAAUGGUGGUGAAUCACUACAAGCUGAGGGGGAACGUAGUCAGCUACAACCUGGGGGGCAUGGGGUGCAGUGCUGGCCUCAUCUCCAUCGACCUCGCCAAGCAACUCCUCCAGGUGCACAGGAACACGUACGCGUUGGUGGUGAGCAUGGAGAACAUAACGCUCAACUGGUACUUCGGCAACAACCGCUCGAUGCUGGUGUCCAACUGCCUCUUCCGCAUGGGCGGCGCCGCCAUCCUCCUCACCAACCGCCGCUCCGACCGCUGCCGCUCCAAGUACCAGCUCGUCCACACCGUGCGCACUCACCGCGGCGCAGACGACCGCUCCUACGGCUGCGUGUUCCAGGAGGAGGACAACACGGGCCGCAUCGGCGUCGCCCUCUCCAAGGACCUCAUGGCCGUCGCGGGAGAGGCUCUGAAGACCAACAUCACCACCCUCGGACCCCUCGUCCUCCCCCUCUCCGAGCAGCUCCUCUUCCUCGUCACCCUCGUCGCCAAAAAAGUCUUCAAGAUGAACAAGGUGAAGCCGUACAUACCGGAUUUUAAGAUGGCGUUCGAGCAUUUCUGCAUCCACGCCGGCGGGAGGGCGGUGCUGGACGAGCUGGAGAAGAACCUGGAGCUGAGCGAGUGGCACAUGGAGCCAUCCCGCAUGACCCUCUACCGCUGGGGCAACACCUCCAGCAGCUCCCUCUGGUACGAGCUCGCCUACACCGAGGCCAAGGGCCGCAUCCGCCGCGGCCACCGCACCUGGCAGAUCGCCUUCGGCUCCGGCUUCAAGUGCAACAGCGCCGUCUGGAAGGCCCUGCGCACAAUCGACCCCGCCAAGCUCAAGGGCUGCAACCCUUGGAUCGACGAGAUCGACCAGUUCCCUGUCCACGUCCCCAAGGUCGAGACCAUCGCCACCGCCGCCACCACUACCGCGGCCUCAUGAGGAGGAUACAUAACGUUUGUUGUUCCUUUGUAUAAUUUGUGUUAUUGGUAGAAGGAUUGGCUCUUGAUUAGCUUGACAGGGAACUAAAUUUGUUUGUACUCAUUCGUUUUGGAUUAUAAGACCUAUAUAUGGAUUGGGUAACUUACUAAGAAGGGAGCCGAAAUCGGACUCUCAUACCGUGCUAAGUGAAAAUAUUGAACUGGUUUAUUUGUACUCGGUUCGUUUUCAAUUCUAUGACACAGCAUAUGGAUUGGAUUUUUUAAGAA